AUCGAGCAAUGUGGAGGCAGGCAUUCUGCACGCUGGACAACAGCGAAACGGCAAGAGAGAAAUGGUGGCGUUACUUUAAUUUUGUUAGGAACCUCUAGUUUUUUAACAGUCAGAGAUUUAGUUAAUUUCCGUUUCUCAGACACGUUCGCGAAUCUCAGUUCUAUGCCACGUUCUCAUUAGUCCUCGCUAGCUCGAGAAAGUGCCUGGGAAUAAAGUUCCGGAGCAAGUAUAACCUAACAAUUCCUUCGGCAGCUGUGUGUUUUAUCGUGAACCGUAAGAAUGGCAAUGAACGACGAUUUCAAUUUCGCCGAAUUGUGCAGGCUCUGCUCGUUGAAGAGCAAUCAUCAGCUUCAGAUUUUCGACAAGGAAGGCGAACAGAGGCAAUUACUUUUCAAAAUACGUUCCUGCAUUCCCGCUGUGAUAACGAAAGAGGACGCGUUGCCCAAAAAUAUUUGCCAGAGAUGCGUAUAUAAACUGGACAUGUUUUACGAGUUUCGGGUAAGCUGUAUGACGACGGAUACAGUGUUAAAAAAUUACGCCGACAGUUUGAAGCACCUCGCCGCAUCGGUAAACCAGGCAACUGACAAGGACAAGAUGUCUAAUGGUAGUCAGCAACAGCAACAGCGAUCGGCUUAUGUAGAGGCGCAUGCAGUGGCUCAUGCUGCAGUGCAGCAACACAUGGCACAACAAGCUGCACAAGCGAGACUGGCUGGUCCUGGUCCACCUGCGACACCUCAAACGCCUAAUCCAACUUUUACUUUGCCUGACGAUGGUUUGGGAUAUGACGACGGUGUACGCGUACUUCGCUCUAUUGGGACAUGGUCUCCAGACUAUUCAGCAGCAAUGCGACCUGGCGGCGUGAUGCCCCCAUUUCCUAGUGCGAUGGAUCAGCAAUUUGGAAGCAGAGCUCCUACAGUGAAUCAGCCGUUAAGAACGACAAACAAUGUGUCGUCUCGUCCAGGAUUUGCGUCAAAGGCUACUAAUACGGGCGAACCGGCGACAAAGGCGUUCGCCUGUACCGUUUGUGGCAAAGGUCUUGCUCGUAAGGACAAGCUCGUCAUCCACAUGCGUAUUCAUACAGGGGAGAAGCCGUAUUCCUGCGAAGUUUGCGGCAAAGCGUUUGCCCGCAGAGAUAAACUAGUUAUUCACAUGAACAAGUUGAGACAUAGACCAGGAGUGGCGCCACUUUCUACGCCCAGCGCCCCGAAUUCGGAUCAGCAGCAGCAACAGCAGCAACAGCAGCAAGCUCAGCAGCAGCAGCAACAAUCGCAGCAACCGCAACAGCAACAGCAAUCUCGGCAGGAUACUAUACACAAGUUGAAAGAGGAGCCGGUUAGUUGGGCGUGUGAAUUGUGCGGUCGAGCACUAGCCACGAGAGAAGAGUGGAUGCAGCAUGCUCGUUCUCACUUGGAAGCAUCGGCUCCGCCACAACACGCAGCGCCGUAUUUCCCAGGAUCCACAGCUCCUCCGCAGCCGUACACGUCUGAGAGGCACUUCUGUCUGAUGUGCCGCACAGAUUUCACAGAUAAGGCUGAAUUCAUGUUCCACGUACGUUCCCAUUUCGAACCUCACACGCAGCAAACGCCGCCGCAACAUUCGAGUGGUAAACAGGGAAGCGAUCCAGCAACGGCCGAAUUGAUCGCGCGUGGACUGGUCGAUCCUUCGGGAUUAUGCAGCUAGAACUAUCCUUCUUGUCAUUACGCGUCAUCGAUUCGUGUCUUACCAUAGUACAAGUUCUCUACUCCAUUUCGACCAGAACUUUUGCAUAGGAUUUCAUGCGUAUUGUGAUUGUAAUGAAUAUAUACUGAUUUAUUAGUGAGAGAUACACAGUAGUACAUUUUCUGUAUAAAUUUUAACGAAUACAUGCAAUACAGUCUGUUGUUUGAACGUUACUAGGAAAACUAAAUGUUGCUUUUGAAAAUCGUUGAACGAAUUCUUUGGGUGUUAUAAAAUGAAAUGCAUCGCUUUCCAUAAAGAACAGAGAACACAAUAUUUUUCACGUUACGCAACAUAUCACCGAAAUAAAAGAUCUCGAUUAAUCAUAAAAGUACUACUGUGUACCCCCAAUAUUAUACAGGAUAGGUCAUUUAAUUGGGAACAUCUGGAUAUCUCCGUUGUUUUUGGAAAUAUAGAUAAACUUUGUUAAUAAAAGUUAUUCAGUACAGACGAAGAAAAACAAGGAUAGUAUUUUUUAUGUUCAUGUUGCCCUUGUCUUUCAUCCAUGGAUUUCAUUUAAAAUUACAAAAUUACUCUAUUCUUUGUAGAGAAUAUCGAGUGGACACAAUACGUAAUUAAUUAAUUAAUUGCGGGGGCUGCAAUAUGGCAAUGAUUUUUUUUGCAAGUAAAGAGAUUUCGGAGAGUUUAAGAUUUCCACUUUUUAAACAGAAUGUUGUUUGAUUCAUUAAUUAUACAUUAACUCAUUAAUAUUAGCUGAUUAGUUUAGUAUUAAAUUUAAAUUUAAAAUUAACAUACCGAACAACUUUUAUUAAUAUGUUCAUAUCUCUAAAAACAACGAAAAUGUAAAUGUCCCAUGCUGUAUAUGAUGAAUCGAGACAUAUGUUAUAUUCGUCGGAUAUUUAGAUAUUGACGCGAUAUUGAGUUAUAGGAAAGAGAUUCUACUAUUGCGCCAAUAUUUAAGUAUUACUUAAUAGUAUACGUUCCUACAUAGCUAGCUUCCCGCUAUCUUUAGCCAUUAGCAACAUCCGCUAUCCAAUGUACAGGUUUGUUCUCAAUGCUAUUACAUUUCCUUUUCUACACGUUUUGUGACGAACGAUCUGUUUCACAUAAAUGUUUCACGAUCUGGAGAUUUUAUUGUUCCAACUGAACAACUUACUGUUGUUCCUCUUUUUUCUUUUUUUUUUAAUUGUACGAUUCGACGAUUUUAAACAACGACGUUGUACGUUACAUUUUGUAUGACCGUUUUUACGGGAAUAUUAUUUGGUUAAGAAAUUCAUUUUAAAUAGUAGUGAUAAUGCUUUGUUUCUACAAAGUAAUUACGAAUGUAUUUUUUACAUUGGACAAAUCGUUCAUUUGAUUAUACUGUUAAGAUUAUAUCCCAAUUGUACGAUUCUCUUUUUACUUGUUUAUUUUAGAUAAAACUCAGUGAUCUUCCAAAGGCGAUGUAUUAUUAGCCACAUUAUCAAUUUAUAAUACCAAACAAGUGUAGAUUUUACUGCGGUGUAGCGUAAGUGUCGAUACACACGAAAAUAUCUCCGCGAAUACAAAUGUCCCUCGGCCCCCCGGAUAUUUAUAUUCUUAAUCUAUUGUAGAUCAAGCAGAUUUUUAAUUCUUCUUUGCUGAUUUUUUCCUUUUUUUUUUUUUUCAUACUUACUGUAUACUUCAGAUCUUGUUUAUUGUUACAAUUAUCCUUGGUACCUGAAGUAUGAGUAUGUACUUAACCAGGGGAAGGCUGAGAUUCGGUUUACAUUGCGCAUAUAGCGAACUUCCACCUUGUUAUUAUUAUAGUUGAUGAGAACAUGAAAGAAACGUGCAUGUAUUUAGAAACUCGAGUAAUCGUCUUUUGACUUUUGAAUCGUUUCUUUUAUCGGAUUUCUAUCGAUUUUCAAUUAUAUUUUGAUCGACGAAAAUCUCGUGCGCUUCUCUCUCUUUUUUUUUCUUUAACUCGUUUAAUACAAAAGUCACGAAGCUGCGAUUGUCGUUUCGCGAUAUUUAGUUCGUCGAGAGUGACUUUGCGAGAGACUGUGCAUUGUGAACAAACUGUCUCUUCCGAUAAUUUUGAUAGGAUCCGCUUCCACAGCGCUUUCUUCCUCUCGUCUUUAGAAUAGAACGUUUAUAUAGUCAGCGCGAGAAGAUAGUGUUGCCGUGCCUCCUGCCUCAUGUACCACUCAUUUCCGGCUUUACUUUCGGUCCAAAUUCACUUCCGGGACAACGGUGCCUAAAAUGGUAUACUUCAAAGAAGAAAAA